UUUGUAACCCAAACUCGAUCGACGUUUCAAUGCAUCAAUACUGAUAGACAUAUUGUGUGUAUCAUAAUUGUUGAAAUUUAGAUCUCGUGUUUGUAAAUUGAUUUAGCGAUGGCUGAGAAGCGUGAAUCAGAGAAAGCAUCAAGCUCUUCACCGAACCUGAUAUGUCCAUUAUGCCUUGAUAUGUUUGUCGAGGCGACAAUCCUGACUUCAUGUGGACACACAUUUUGUAGGCGAUGCCUCAAGAAAUACGAUCUAACCCACCAUGACCUUGAUCACAUGGUCUGUCCUCUCUGCAGGGAGAUCACCAAGUUGUCUGACAACCGUGUCGAUGAUCUCCGCCUCAAUGUCUCCAUCAACGGAUGCGUAGACGAUUACCACACCAAGUGUGGUGGGAUGAACGCUGUCCUCGAAAUGCGACAAAAAUGUUCUGGUUGCAAGCUUCAAGGAGAUGCUGUCUCAUUCUGCAGAACCUGUAAUAACUACAUAUGUGAUAAAUGUUUGCAUUGUCAUCAAUAUCUGUCAGUCUUUGAAGAUCAUGAGAUUGUAUCCAUGGAUGAUGUCAUCGAAGGGAAGGUCAGCAUUGGUCAUUUAUUCCAGAAGUGCUCCAUCCACAAACCAGAGAACAAGGAUAUGUUUUGUGAGGAUUGUAAGGUCUACAUCUGUCACAAGUGCGUACUUGUUGGUCAUAAAGCUCAUGAAAUCAAGAACCAGGUUGACUUUGAGCAGGAAUUGCGACAGAAGGUGACAGACCUUGCUCAGCGAUGUGCUGACAAGAAAGCAGAGCUGGAAAAGAACAUUCAAAACAUAGAAAUACAACGUCAUGAGGUACACACUGCAGUACAGACACUACUAAAUGAUGUCAGGCAGGCUUACACCAUCAAGGCCAAGGAGCUUGAAGAAAAUCUUCGAAAUCUCACGGAGCAAAUACAUGCCUUAGAACGUAGUUUUGAUGACGACCUCAACGUCUUGAAGUCAAAAGAUCGACAGAGGAUCAAGAGUAUUUGUAGUUCAAUUACUUUGGUAGAUAAUGGCAGACUGGGUCAUCUUAAGACAGACACUCUAUCUGCUAAUAUCUUGCUCUGUGAGGAACUAGAUUCCAUGCUGAAGGAGGCUACCGAUCACACUUCUGCGUCAGCAGUUACGAAGAAAGCACAGGAGAAGAGAUUCAAACCAGCAGAUGAUACUCGCCUUGACCUCGGGAGCAUCUCAGGAUCAGAUCCCAAGAUGGAAGUUAUUCAUUGUGUUGAUCUACGGGGAGUGAUGUUCGGUAUGACAAGGCACUCCAAUAGCACUGUCGUUAUCGUGUAUGGGAGUAAUGCACGAGGUAUUGAUACCAUUGAUUCAAAUGGUGGAAAACAGCUGUAUAAAAACAUACCCAUAAGUGACAUGGAAUGUUAUGAUCUGGUUUUGCAACGGGACGGGGCGUUAUGCGUGUCCACUGGUACUACAGACGCCUACAUCUUCUCUCCCCUUGGCUCCAGGAAAGCAACAAUCCACGUGAGAGACAAUGGAAAUUUUCUCAGAGUUAACAGAAGUCCAUCAGAUGAAAUCAUCAUUACUAACUAUGGAAAACAAGUCUUUAUCUAUGACCCGACAGGAUCCACUCUUAAACAUACUGUUCAAACAAAGCACGAUACGUGCCAGGCAUCUACUACCAGGACGGGUUUGAUUGUCACGAGUUCAUGUUGGGACGUUCCAAGCGUGGUGACGGUCUAUGACAGGGAUGGGAAUGCUGGUGAGUCUCUACAAGCUCCACGGGAUGUCUUCCUGUAUGCUGCCGUGGAUGAGCAGGACAGGGUGUAUGUAGCGAGUGUUGAUAUGAAGAAUAAUAAUGUCGUGUUCAGACUCUAUGAUCUUGAUGGUUUGAAUCUGAAGGAAAGAGUUGAGUUCAAAGUACUUCAUAUGACAUUGGGUUUGAAUUUGUGUAACUUGGUUUCCCUCUCCCCAGACAUGCUCGCCUUUGCUUGUUACAAGAAGUUAUAUUUCAUCAAGGUAUCACUGUAAUUCACGUUUUAUCACACCAUGUAGUAUUGAAACUGACGUGCUUUCA